GGCGCAUGCGCGCACGACUCUCCGCCAGCUGGCUUGUGUUUCGCCCGACGCCGCCUCCUCCUCAUAGAGGAAACGCCAGGACCCGAAGCAAGAGCCUCCGCCUCACAGCCAGCCUUGCGCUUAACGGUCCGGGAAUAGAAGCCGUCGCCCUCGACUCGUUCGGUGAGCCUCUCGUCUGUUAGGACACCGUCGGGGGAGGACGCGGGAGAAGCGGGGCGGGCGAGAGGCCUGAAGCAGGCUGGGCCGGGCCCUCUGUUCUCCCUUGGCGGCUGGGCCGGGGGAGGGGGCCCUGAAUGGCGCUGAGGGGGCAGCAGCGUCUCCCUCCCUGGGGAAAGCGGCGCGGGGGCUUCGGCCAGGCCCGCUUGAGACGGAAACAGCCCCCUCCCCUCUGGCUCCGGCUGAGCGGGGCGGGUCCUGGGGAGCGCGCUCUCCGUAUGCUCAGAAAAAGGGCUUGGGGAGGCGACGCCCCUGGUUUCUGCGCGGGUGUUUUGCGCCCCCCCUCCCGUAACGGCGGGGGUGGCGGGGCGGGAAGCCUCGUCGGAAGCGAGCCCCUUUCCCCUGAGUCUCGCGAGGGCGAAGGGGGAGCAGCAGCUUGGCGGGGCUCCCGGGCUUUUGAUCGGCGUUGCCGUGGGAGGGAAGGAGGGCGGGCGGCCCACGCGGACCUCCGUCUCCCUCGAGGGGCUGGGAAGAAGGUUGAAAUCGGAGGGGAGGAGUCGGGCCAAUAAAGGGCAGGGGGUUUAGCGCGGGGACGGGGAGGGUUGUCUUUUGGCUCAGAGAGCGAAGUUGAGGUCGGCGGAGGAAGCAAGACUCGGUUUCGUUACGUAGACUGUUUACUUUAAAGGUGGGAGAAGGAAGUAUGUAGUCCUAUUUCUGUGAGUGGCGCAGCGGUCUUUCCACUCAUGUGAUUUACAUCCUCUGAAAGUCGGGAUCUGUUUUGAUAUUCACAGCAAACCCUACAGGGAUCCAUCAAACCUUUAUUUUGCGCUACAGUAUUUAAUACACCUUGUUCUUCAUCUGCGUGUGUGUACCCCACACAGAUGUGACAACGACGACAACAAAACAAAGUCUUGAGACAUUUUGAAAACUUAACAGAUUUAUUGUGGCAUAAGUUUUCAUGAGCCACAGGCCAUUUUAUCAGAGAUGUUGAAUUUAGUGGAUGUUGCAUUCUGAUGGGAUGGACUAUAGUCCACAAAAGCUUAGGCCAUAAUACAUUUGAUUGCCACGAGACUCCUUGUUGGGUUUAGUGCAGCAGGCUAACACAACUACCCCUCUGGAAAAAUGAAUGGGAAUUGUUUUCUUUUUGAAUUCUAUCUAACACAGUCCUAUAUGUGAAAGUGUGUUUUCAGUUAGGCUAACUUUCUAGUAUGCGUGUUCAGGAUUGCAGCUUUAGAGCAUCUGUGCCAUCUGUUCCAAAUGUAUACUUAGAUGAAAUACACACACAGUCUUUUUGAAUGAAGUUGUACUUCAUAUUUUGGCAGACUUUUCUCCUGCCCAUAACCCCACUUUUUCUCUCUCGAUAUAAAUUGACACUUUGGCUGUAUUUGUUCAGUCAUUUUUUAAAAUACGCGAAAUCCAGCAUCUUUCUCUCACAGCAGCCAACCAAAUGCCUGUGGGAAACCUGCAAGCAGGACCUGGCCACAAGAGCAUUCUCCCAUCCUGUAGCAACUGAUAUUCAGAAACAUCACUGCCUCUGACUUUGGAGGCAGAGCAUGGCUAUCAUGGCUAGUAGACAUUGGUAAUCUUAUUCUCCAUGAAUUUGUCCAGUCUUCUUUUAAAAUCAUCCAAGUUGAUGGGCAUCACUGUCUCUUGUGGGAGUGAGUUCCAUAGUUUAACUGUGUUGCAUGAAGAAGUAGAUUAUCUAUGCUGAAUAUGCAUGCACUCCUGUGAUAUGAGAGAACGAGGAAACAUUUUCUGCAUUCACUUUCUCCAUACCAUGUAUAAUUUUUAAUAAACAUCUCCUUCACGUCAUUUCUGCUCAACCUUUCUCUAAAAAGUCCCAUAUGCUUCAACCAUUUAUCAAAGGGGAGUCACUCCACCUCCUUGAUCAUUUCAGUUGCUCUUUUCUGAACCUUUCCCAACUCUACUGUUUUACUGAUUACUUGAUUGAGGUUAGGCGGCCAGAACUGUCCACAGUAUUCCAAAUGUUGUCACACCAUAGAUUUGUAUAAUGGCACUAUGAUAUUGGAAAUUUUAAUUUCAGUUUCUUUCCUAAUGAUCCCUAGCAUGGAAUUUGCUUUUUUCAUGGCCUCUGCACACUGGGUUGACAUCUUCAUCAGGCUAUCUACUGUGACCUCAAGGUCUUGUUCCUAAUCAGUCGCUGCAGGUUCAGACCCCAUGAGCAUAUAUGUGAAACUUAAGGUUUUUUGCCCUGACACUUUACACUUGUUUACAUUGAAUUGAAUUUGCUAUUUUACUGCCCAUUCAUUCAGUUUGGAGAGAUUCUCUUUUGAGAUCUUCACAAUGUCUUUUUGUUUUAACAAUCCUGAACAAUUCAGUGUUAUCAGCAAACUUGGCCACUGUGUUGCUCACUCCUUACUCUAGAUUGUUUAUGAAUAAGUUAAAAAGCAUACGUCCCAAUACUGACCCUUGAAGGACUCCCACUUUCUACACUUCUCCAUUUCGAGAAUUCUUCAUUUAUUCCUACUCUCUGGUUCCUGCUACUUAACCAAUUAUUGAUGUUUAGGAUGACCUCUCCUUUUAUUAAACAACUGUUAAGGUUAACCAGGAAUAUUUGGUGAGGUGACUUGUCAAAAGCUUUUUGAAAGUACAAGUACACAACAUCAACCAGAUCACCUCUAUCUACAUGCUUGUUGAUGCUCUCAAAGAAUUGUCAUAUGUUAGACAGGACUCACCCUUGCACAAGCCAUGCUGGCUUUGUUUCAGUAAGGUUUGUUCUUCAGCAUGCUUGGUUAUUUUAUCUUUAACAGUAUUUUACACCAGUUUUUGGGUGUAACUAGCUUUUAAUUUCUAGGAUCCUCUCUCCCUGCCCAAUCUGUUUUUUUUAAAAGUGUUACAUUGACUACAGUCCUCAAGAAUGGAGGCUGAUCUGAGGAAUAAAUUGCAUACAUUUGUUAGAAGAUCAGCAAUUUCACAGUUGAGUUAUUUGAGAACUCUUGGUUGGAUGCCAUCCAGACCCAGCAAUUUGUCACUUUUUAUUGUGUCAUUAAGGGCAAGAACUUCAUCUCUCGUCACCAUUAUCUGCCUCAGUUCCUCAGACUUGCCUUCAGUAAAAGUUAGUUCAGGGAUCUGUCAUAUAUCUUGCAUUGUGAAAACAGAUGCAGAGAGUUCAUUCAGCUUCUCUGCAGUCUUACUAUCCUUCUGUAGCACACCACCUCCCUAGACUCUCCUGCUACUAAUAUGUUUUAAGAACCUUUUGUCUGCUUGCACUUUUUUGGUCAAAGUUUGUGUUCCUUUUUGUUCUCUUAAUUUGGACAAUACUUCCAUUUUUUGAAGGAAGCCUUCUUGGCUCUAAGCAUGCUGGCAUCCUCUUGGUCCUUGUGGCACAUUUCUUGAUUUGCAGCUUCUAAUAUUGAGCUUCUAAUAUUGAGUUUUUAAACAACUUCCAAGGUCUCUUGCGGGGGCGGGCGGGGUGAGCGCGCACAUAAUCCAAGCAUCUAGCUACUGGCUAAUUAUCUCCUAGGUUACAUGCAAAUCCUGAAAUAUUUUAGAAGCUUGGCUUUUAGUGUGAAUUUUUUGUGUUUCUUUUCAAACAUAAGUUGUUAGUAAGGUUAAUUGAACCAAGUAAACCAAGCCAAUAUUUGUCCAUAUCCUGGGGCAUGUUGAGGGCAACUCUCUUUUUGCUCCAACCUAAUAGGGAAAGGGAGGACGCGGGUGGUGCUGUGGGCUAAACCACAGAGCCUAGGACUUGCCGAUCAGAAGGUCAGUGGUUCAAAUCCCCACGACAGGGUGAGCUCCCGUUGCUCGGUCCCUGCUCCUGCCCACCUAGCAGUUCGAAAGCACGUCAAAGUGCAAGUACCGUAUUUUUCGCACCAUAGGAUGCACUGGACAAUAGGACGCCCCUUGUUUUAGAGGGGGGAGAACAAGAAAAAAAAUUCUCCCCCUCUCUGCCCAGCGCACCUUCCGCGAAGCGGCAGGAGGCGCUGCGCAGAGAGGGGGAGAAUUUUCCCCCUCUUGUUUUCCCGCUCUAAAACAAGGUGCCGUUUAAGGUGCGUUCAGGCGGCUACCUUGGAAGCCUGGAGAGCGAGAGGGGUCGGUGUGCACCAACCCCUCUCGCUCUCCAGGCUUCAGGUUCCUUUCGACCUGCUCUUUGGGGCUGGCGGGGGGAAGCCAACCACCAGCCCCAAAGAGCAGGUCAGGGAGCAGUGGAAAUGCGCAGCGGAGAGGCUCCAGCCAUAGCCGCGCGUCACCUCUCCAGCCGGGAGAGGGUCGCGGGGGGCUUCUUUAGCCCCACGCGCGCUCUCCCAUCUGGAGAGGUGACGCGCGGCUAUAGAGGCUCCUUCCAUAGCCGUGCGUCACCUCUCCAGCCGGGAGAGGGUAGUGGGGCUAUGGCAUCUUCGCUCCAUAGGACGCACACACAUUUCCCCUUCAUUUUUGAAGGGGAAAAAGUGCGUCCUAUAGAGCGAAAAAUAUGGUAGAUAAAUAGGUACUGCUCCGGCGGGGAGGUAAACGGCGUUUCCGUGCGCUGCUCUGGUUCGCCAGAAGCGACUUAGUCAUGCUGGCCACAUGACCCGGAAGCUGUCUGAGGACAAACGUCGGCUCCCUCGGCCAAUAAAGCGAGAUGAGCGCCGCAACCCCAGAGUCGGUCACGACUGGACCUAAUGGCCAGGGGUCCCUUUACCUUUACCUAAUAGGGAAAGGGGAGGAAUAAUACUUACUAAUAAAUGGUUGUAAAACUUAUCCAGGAAAAAGUACAAAAGUAGAAAGAGAGAAUAAUAGAAUCAUAGAAUUGUAGAGUUGGAUCCAGACAGUCCAAGCCCCUGCAAUGCAGGAAUCUCAACACAUUAUUCCCCCAUCAAAGGUAUUGGAAUUAUUAGUUCACAUCUAUUAUACUGUCCCUUUGACUCCCAGAGCAGUCAGUUUGUAUUGGAUGAAAAGAUGGAGAGGAGGGAAUCUGUAAAAUUAACCCAGUAAAAACAUGGAUUCAUUUGUAGCUCAAAUUGACAACCUUGGCUACUAUUCGGAAAGUGAGGAUUCCAGUAUGCAAUCAAAUAUUCCCUUCUAGUGGGGUAGAUGGGAAAAGAUAACAACCUGAACUGUAAAAUAGUGUUUUAAAACAAAUUUCAGCCUCCCCAAUGCUCUUUCAGUACUCUUUCAUCAAUUACAACUGAUAAGAUUUCUGCAAGAUACAUUUGUGACUACAAAUGGUGACUAGCACUCAGAACAUCUGAUUUCUGUUGGACUGCUGAAGAGCUGCAUAUUUGCAUUAGAUAUUGUAAUGGAAAGUGCAUGUUUCUAGUGUGAUAUUCAUUCUAGGAUAGGAUAACCAACUAUAUAUUUAAAAAACUGGGGCUCAAUUUACUCAAGUGCAGGUGCAUAACAUGCAUGUGAAGGAAUCCCAAUGGAUACAAGAGAGCCUUACUUUCUCCAUACAGUCAUACCUCAUGUUACGUUUGCUUCAGGUUGAGCGUUUUCAGGUUGUGUCCCGUGGCGACCUGGAAGUACCGGAAAGGGUUACUUCUGGGUUUCAUCGCAUGCGCAGAUGCGCAAAAUGACGUCACACACAGAAGCGGCGAAUCGCGACAUGCGCAUGCACAGACGCGCAUUGCGUUCCUUUCAGGUUGCGAACGGGCCUCUGGAAUGCAUCCGUUCGCAACCAGAGGUACCACUGUACUUCUGUCAGUGUGAAAGCAUAUUGGUAUGCAUAGAGACAGCGUAAGAGGGUAUUGCAAGGAAUGGAAAGGCUAUUUCCCCUGUGUCUGUCAAGACUGUCCUGUGUGCCAUGCAAGUUCCUUGUGCUAUAAAGCAUAGGUAACAUUGCAGUCAUAUUGAUGUUUACCUGCUAGUAAAAUCUGUUGUAUAUUGCUGAACUUGCUUUUGAGCAAGUUUGCAUGGAAUUGUGCUGUAAUUUGCAUGGUGCACAGAUAUGACUUGUAAAAAGUUAGUUUUUUCAGCAUCAAGUAAAAAUUUCUGAGGGAUUAAAAACAUAAAGCUAUGCUAGGCAAUUCUGUACCCAACUUGCAUAUAAGUGCUACUUCCUCAUUCAUUUUAAGACUUUUUGUUUUAUUUCUUUCAGGCUAAUUCUGUGAAAAUGUCGCUGUAUCCUUCCCUGGAGGAUCUGAAGGUGGACAAAGUAAUUCAGGUAUGUCAAAGUAUAUUUUAUGGGGGAAACCAAUGUUUGCUGAAGGUCAAAACAGUAACCAUUUGAAAAUUCUAUUUCUGAAAAACAUCUUUCUGUAUAUUCUAGACCAGCACAUAAAAAUAUAUUCUUGUAUAAAGAUUAUCUUUUAAUUAUGUGCAUAGUUUCUGCUGUUAUAAUAAUUAUACUAAGUGUGAGCUCCGGUAGUUUAGGCCUCUCCAAGUAUGUGUGUGUGGAUGGAUGGAUGGAUGGAUGGAUGGAUAUGCAGGCACCCUGUGAACCUUUCUGAUGUAAUACUUGAAUUAUUUUUGCUGCUGUUCCAAACACUGUCACAAAUUGCCUUGAAAUUCACUCUGUUUGUAAAGUAACUUUACCAUGCACAAUGGGUCACAAAUCCAAAGUCUCUUAGGUGUAUGGAACUAAUUCUUUAGUAUAGUUCUUUAGAGCCUGAUCUGUUUUUAUUUAUCAGAUAAAUUUCCAAAUUUGUAUUAAGGAAACUAGAAGUAAAGCAAAGGAUUAAAGAAUAAAAGUAUUUGUAGUGCACAUUCAAUAUUUGUUUUGAUAAAAGUAGCUAUUAUAGAAUAAGGCGUGUGUUUCCUCAGCAUUAUUAAGUCCCACUCCUCAAACAAAGUUACUCCUAAACAGGUUAGAAAAUUGUUUUGAAAAUAAGUUCCCCAUUUUGAAAUUCACAUAUUUUUGUGAGCAAGCAAACGUUGUAAUGUAACUUGUUACUUUCAACAACUGGAACAUAUUGGUUUGUAACUAAAUAUAUAUUUAUGUAACCUAAAGGCAUAAUUAAAAGUUUUUGGCUCUGCAACCCACAUGCCUCUUGUAUUAUAGAAUUAUGUCUGUUUAUAAACUUUAUAAAGUGUUUUUUUUACUUUAUCUUCCUGUGCAGGCACAGACAUCUUUUGCUUCAAACCCAGCCAAUCCAGCAUUUUUAUCUGAAGCCUCAGCACCCGCCCUUCAACAUGGAAGUAAGUUACUUUAGUGCUAAGAAAAUAUGAGGUAGCAGAAGCUAAAUAUGUAUUGCACAAAAAAAUACAACUUUAACAAAAGUCAAUUGACAUAACACAAGUUCUAGCUAAACUAUUUCACUGGUUUAUUUCACUGAAAGGUUUUUAUUGAUCUCUGGAAAUGAUAAGGAUAGGCUGUAUAAAGAUAAUUGCUUUAAAGAGAAUUAAAUGGAGUUGGGUGCUUGUAGGGUGCUUGUCAGUCUAAAUCUGUAUGGGUUACUUUUGCAUGUGUUCAUAAGGAUUUCUGUUCCAUCCUCCUCCUGCAUUAAAUGUGUGAAAUUAUUUUUUUGGGAGGGGGGAACCCUGCACAGUAUUGUUUAAAAGUACUUAUCAAGCAGCCUGAGGACUGCCUUUUAAUGAAUGUUGUCUUCUUCUUACCUAUAAUACCCUUUCCAAGUGGCUAGAAAGUCUAGCUGCUGUUGCACAUAUUCACAAUGGGAGCCUCAAUUGCCCCUGGGAGCAUUGGGAUGUGAUGACAGGGUAGGGUUUUUUUUGUGUGCAUAUGUUGUUCCUGGGAGGGAAGGUAUGUCACUGCUCCCAGUGGCAUAUGAAACCCUAUUUUCAACAUACCUGGCAUCAGCUGUGCUUUGUGGCCGCUUGAAGCAGCUAUUAACUUUUUUGAAAAAGUUUUUUUUUCUUUAAAGGCAGUCCUCGGGCUACCUUGUAAAAUCCUUAUGUGGGUUUUCUAAUCUGAGAGUUGCUGGUCAGUGAUCCUAAUAAGCUUUCAAUAUGUAAAUCUAGUAGCUCCAAGUGCAGUGGUAACUGUCAGCAUGUUGUAAGGGAGGAUAAGAUUGCUUCAGUCUGAUACUUGUCUUUUCACCUGUGAAAUUAAGAAUCAUCUCAACAGGCUCUAAAUAAUAGUAAUAGUUUAACAUUAUUUUUGUUUACUUUCUAUAGACUUGUAUCCCAAACUGUAUCCCGAACUUGCCCAGUAUAUGGGUCUAAGCCUAAAUGAAGAAGAGAUACAAAGAAACAUGGCAAUGGUGCCUGCUGUAAAUUCUCAGGGGGUAAGUAUCAACCAUAUAAGUAGGACUAAUUUAGGUUUCCUUGUGUUUUGCUUAAAUAAAAGAAAAGAACAUUAUAAAAGCAAGAGCUGAAAUAUUAGGGGUGUGCCCCAAAUGAUGAUACAAAUUGGGGUGAUUCAAGUCAUGAAUCAGAUUGUGCCCUUAAUAAAAAACACACACCAGAUUUACCCAGCUUUUCUGAGAAACUAGACCAAACUGACUAAGUAAUCACCCAGAGCUUUGAGGAAAGUGGAGAGGUGGGAGAUAUUUUGUUUGUUUUUAGUUGCAGUGAAUUAUUUCCCAAUUUGCUUCAGGGCUGAAGGAAUCCAACAAUUUGGAAAUAAACCCCCAAUCUGCAGGUUGGUGUGCAUCAAAUGAGAAAUGGGAACCCAGUUUGUUGGAUUCUGCUCCCAUCAAUACCUGUGAUCCUAAGGAUUCCAAAAUAAUAUAACUUUUAUAAAGCACAAAAUUGUUGUCCUGAAGUCGCUCAUGGGUUUGUCCCAUUUAAAGAAAAGGCCUAUAAAUGAGACUUUAUUCUGCCAGUUUUUAAGGUUGACUUAUUUUAAGGUCUUCUAAUUCUCAGCUUGUUGCAAGCCCUUCUGCAGUGAAUUACAUGGUGGCUCCAGUAACUGGAAAUGAUGUUGGAGUUCGCAGAGCGGAAAUUAAGCAAGGAAUCCGUGAAGUAAUACUGUGUAAAGAUCAGGAUGGAAAAAUUGGACUUCGUCUUAAAUCAGUGGACAAUGUAUGUAUGAUAAAUCUGAUUUUUUAAAUAUAAAAAAGUGACCCAUUAAUUUCAGCUAUCUAGAGCUGAACACAGUCAAGUUGCUGUGUAAUUGCUAAUCCAGAUGUUAAUUUUAUGGCUGAAUCUGCAUGUUUCACUAAAUGUUCUGUUUAUUUUUAUUUCUCUAUUUGGUCAUGUUAAAACUGUUAAUCAUAUAAAAUAUUGUACAGAUAUGCAAGUAAAAAUAUAAUAAAACACUUUGCAUUUAAAAACAAAUGCAAAUUAUAUUUCUAGAAUAAAAUGAAAUGUAUGUGCAUGUUAAUUUAAACCAAAACUACCCCUCCCCCUUUUAACGGUAGGUGUUGCCAAAUGUGUAUGUGAUGCAUGUGUUCUGUUUUUCACUGUGCUUCUCUUGCAUGUUUUCUCUAAAUGCAUUGGAUAGAUACUGGAUGUUAAUUUACUUUCAUAUGUGGACGUAUCUUUGUAUUUAGGGUAUUUUUGUCCAGUUGGUUCAGGCCAACUCGCCAUCAUCACUAGUUGGCCUGCGGUUUGGCGACCAGGUUCUGCAGAUUAAUGGCGAAAAUUGUGCAGGUUGGAGCUCUGAUAAAGCCCACAAAAUUCUGAAGCAAGCACCUGGAGAGAGAAUUUCAAUGAUCAUCCGUGACAGGUAAACCCUCCAGAAAUGUUACACACCUUCUUAGACAUCUUUGGGGUUUCAUAGUUGUUAAGGAGUGCCUAGAAGUUGAAUGUGUUGGGUUUUUGUUGGUUUUUUUCAAACCUCAGUUUCCUAGUGUGACUAGCUUAAGGUCAGGGCCUAAAGUUGUGCACACAAAGGUGUGUUAAUAUGCCCAUAGAUCACACACAGAUCUGAUUUUUCCAUGUACAGAUCUGAUUUUUCCAUGUACACGUUCAUCUGCCCAAGUGCUUUCCAGUCCACACAAGUGACUGGUGCUUGAUGGGAUUUGUACUAUGUGUUGUCUCCUCCCCGAAAUUAAUAUUUACCCACCCUCCCUGAGUUCCAGAAAACUCAGGUCCAUUGUGGGCAUGUGUUCAGAUAUUUGGUUCCCUGUGCAUUUGGCCAAUUUUAUUUCCAGUAUACCAGAUAUACACAAAACACCUGAUAAAACUUUUUUUUUUUUAAUUCAUGGGUCAUACCUGGCUCUGCCAGCAGCCUACCGAGUAGUGCCUUGCUAACAGAAGUAGGACGUGUGGCAAUAGAUAGCACCCAGCAGAACAGCACACACACACCACACACGAAAAAGCCCAACUGCCCAAUGUGCUUCAGUAUGUCUGGAUUAUACAUUGGAUUACAGUGGUACCUUGGUUCUCAAACUUAAUCCGUUCUGGGAGUCCAUUCAACUCCCGAAACCUUUUGCAAACCAAGGUGCAACUUCCGAUUCCUGCACUCAAGCGGAAGCCGUGUCAAGACGUUCGGCUUCUGAAAAACGUUCGCAAACCGGAACACUUACUUCCCUGUUUACGGCAUUUGGGAGCCAAUUUGUUCGAGAACUAAGCCAUUCGAGAACCAAGGUACCACUGUAUAUAUUAACUACAGAUUGGGAGAAUCCAGAUUGGAUUGUUGCUUGGAUGAUGACAGUGUCACAUGGAUGACAUAAAAGGCAUGUACACUGGGAUGUACUGAAUCUACUUUAAACUGCUGUGUCAUAGAAUCAUAGAAUCGUAAAAUUGGGAAGCGUACACAGCCUAAUACCUUUGGAUACAGGUUAGUGAUGUAGGACAUUAAGUAAAUACUCCAAACAAUAAACUAUGAAUGUUUUUCUUACAGGCCUUUUGAGCGAACUAUUACCAUGCACAAGGAUAGUACUGGGCAUGUUGGCUUUAUAUUCAAAAAUGGAAAGAUAACUUCAAUAGCAAAGGACAGUUCUGCUGCUAGAAAUGGACUUCUGACAGAACACAACAUCUGUGAAAUAAAUGGUCAGAAUGUAAUUGGCCUGAAGGUGAGUAACAUGCAAGAUAACACACACUCAGCAAGUAUUGCAUUUUGAAAAGUGGAGUGAUAUUGUUCUAAAUGGGCAGAAGACAUAUGCAAAAGCUUGUCCAUAUAAAUUUAUUUGAUUGAUAGAAAACAGGACCUGCAAUCCUGUGGUCCCUGGGAGUGUGUGUCAGGGGUCAUUGCACCUUCAACCACAUUCCAUGGUUCUCUGGGGAAGAGAGAUUCAACAGCAGCUAAAACAUCCUGAUUCUUUUGCCUUACAAAGUAUUCUUGCUGCUAGACCUGCAUAGAUCAGGCUCUCUUCUUUCAAAAAAGUUGCUGGUUCCUCAGGCUAGUGAAAGGAAAUUAAACAGAAUUGUACAUUCACUUCCCUAUUAAUGACAUUAACACAUAAUUUUGUCUUACUAGUUGUUCGGCUGCUUGGAAGAACCAGUAGCAUGUAGUAUGAAGGCAAUGAUGGCAGUAGUGGGAUAAGCGGUGGGUCUGCUAUAGGUGAUUGAGAGCUUAGACUUUUAAUUUAGCAAACUACAUUCCAGAAUAUAGUCCAGUUUUUUAUUAAAGGGGCUGUUUACAUUAUCUAUUACCUCAGGGAAUGGGGAACCUAUGGCCCUCCAGAUGAUGUAGGACUCACAUCAGCCCCCGAUGGUAUAGCUAGUGGUCUUGGGUAUUGGGAGUUGUAGUUUAGCAACAUCAAGAGUCUCACACAUUCCCCAGUCCAGCUCUACCUGUAUAUGUGUAUAGAAUUUAUCACCUCAAUAGUGCUUAAGACAGCUAAUAGCAAUUAAAACUAUUGUGGAAGCUACAUCCACAAUAACAUCCGUAAGUGCCAAGUUUCAAGUCAGAAUUCAUGACUUUCUAUCUUCUUCAUAGGAUGCCCAAAUUGCAGACAUACUAACAUCAGCUGGAAACGUGGUGACCAUCACUAUCAUGCCUUCUCAAAUUUUUGAACACAUAAUCAAGAGGUACGUGUAAAAUACUUCUCCAUUUAAAUAGACUAACAAUCUCUUAAAAGAAUAGGCAUGCUUUGAUUGUAGGAUCUUCAGAAUAAAUAUCAACAAAUGUAAUAUGCAUGUGGUGUUAAACUCUUAUACAAAUGUGGCUAACAGUGGCAGAGUCUGAAAAUCUUUAACUAUUCUUGUCAAGCUGCUUGCUGAAAUUUCAAAACGAAAAGGCAAAUUUCAGCUUAGAAUGAAGCUUAUAAAUGCUUCAUACCACUAUUGAUUUUAAAGUGUUAUUGGCACUAAAACUAAUUCUAGGAGUGAAGGAAUGUAGAACUUAGUUUUUUCUUUUGCUGCCAGGAAAUGGGUUGAGAAGCUACUGCAGUAAGCUUGCCUUCAGCUUUUGAGUUUACAGCAUAUGGUCUUGUGCCUUGUAACAAAUGAGUCCAGUGUUGCACUCCUUGCUGCGAUAUUUUUGCAGCUUUGGAAUUAAUCUGCUUAUUACACAUUGUUAAAGAUUCAUUAUUAUUUUCAGGAUGGCUUCAAGCAUUGUGAAAAACCUGAUGGAUCACACCAUCCCUGAAGUCUAGAAAUCUGUUUUUGGGUGCAUCUGUAAUGAGAACUUCGCUAAACAUGGGCUACUUAGUCUGCAACUUUUACGUUCUGCACAUGAGCCUUUCUUUAAGCCCAAAGCAGAUAUACUGCCUUGAGUAUUUACAUUAUUAUGGCUGGGAAUGUCACAAUCCAACAUAUUACCUUGCUCAAACUAUGAGUUUUGUAGCCUUAUACUUGUCUCACAAAAACCAGUAUAACUCUUUUUCAUAGGGUUAUACUGUUUAAUUCAACACUUUAUAUAAGCCAUUGGAAUGAAAACUAAUGUAUCUUGUGUCUUUUGCUAUCUGUGAUCCAAGCACAUUGCUGCCCUUUGUACUUUUUCAGACGAAUUAGUUUUUCUACUACCUUCUGCUAGGAAGGAUAUUUACAUUUAUGACUUGUAGUGCUUGUUAACUGCUGAUUUUAGUAACCAUGUUUACAAAGCAUGCCAGUUAAACUGAGCAUAACGUAUCAUUCCAUAGACAUUUUAAAUAGCACAGGUGAGCAUUUAGGUUCUGUCUUACUGCUGCUCUUUUACAAGUUGUUCUGAUGUGCUUAAAUUAUGUUGCCUUAACCAUGUUAAACAGAAAUAAAGUCUGAAAAACAAGGUUUUCAUUUUCUAACUAUACUGAUGAAGGUCCCUAAAUUUCUCCCCCGCCAAAAGCCAAUAACUUAAUUAGUAGUGGAAAGGGGGGUGAGCUGUCAUGUUGAGGUGUGGAUCCUAGCUUGGAACAGUAUGUACAGUAACAUAAUUCAUUUUACUUUUGAAAGAGUGUUACCUUAAUUUCUUGCCUUUCUGAAUUUUAUUAGUUUGUGUACAGCUAUUUGGCAACUGGCAUUUUCUUUGAAGGCUGCUGCUCAAGACUUUAAAGCUUUCUACAGUGGUUGAAGUUGUUUACAUUGCCGGUCCCUAUUACAUAGCCAUUUCAGUCUGCUGGUGAGGAGUUUUGGAAGGUGGGAUUGUAUAAACACAAAGGCCUUAACCCCCAUUUUUACAGGUAAUGAAUGCUGCUAUGUUCCUAUUAAAAAGUACUUCUCUACAUAACUGAAUCCUGAUGCUUUAAAAGGAGCAUUAGAGCAGGGCUUGCAAGAUGCAGUUGGACCAGCCAGCAGCCCACAUCUACAUGGCCAAAGGCCAAGAAUGAUAGUUGUAGUCCAACAACAUCUGAAAUGACAGUGGUCCAUGCUGUAUCUAGCUGCAAGGAUACUAGUAAAGAUAUGUUUGUAAUGAUCAGGAUUGAAUUCAGAGAUAGGAUACACUUGUAUUUUGGCUAAGGCCUGAGGUUUAUCUCCAUUUUGUGGAAAAAUAUAGACAAAUAAUGUUAAGUAGAUUACUGCGGUUGCAAGUUAGAACCACUUUGGUUACUGAAAAAUAAGUCUUUAUUUGACAAGCAUUACAGGCAAUAAUAACAUUCAUAAGGAAAUACAAGUGCAUACUGUAGCUCAGCAUUGUAAUUGCAGACCCAAUCUCAGCUCUUUGAACUUCAGCAGGCAUUGCUACUUGCGAAGAAGGUCCUUUUAAAAAGUUCACUUUAAAAUAUCCAUAUGUGUUUGAGUGAGAAGGCACUAUUUAGUAUUGCUGUUUCCAGAACAUGAUUUGUCUGUCUUCCCCUCCUGUGAUUAUGCUGCUGCAUCGUUCAUUCAUCCACAUACAUGUUACAGUACCUAGGAAAGAGACAGGUGUACAUCAGAUACUUGUUUCACUUACCAUAUUAUCCUUAUCUUUAAAUCUUGGUCUUAUUUGGUUAAUGCAUUGCUAGAUUUGCCCAUAAUCAUCUAGAGCUGCACUCCACACUACUGUUGUGCAUAUAUAUUAUAGGCCCUGAGCCAGAGAUCAUCAUUGCAACCAACUUUCAGGUGCCAUUUCAGAUUCUAGGGCCACAGCUAUACAUCCAUAUUUUGAUGAAUUCUGGUCUUUUGUUUCUCAGGCUGUACAAUGGAAAAUACUUCACAUUAAGUUCUAAGGUAUAAAACAGAGCCCCAGGGUAUGAUACAUUCAAACACACCUAACCAGAAUCAAUAUAUUAAUAUCCCACUACUUAAAAGAUUUCAAAGUAUACUUGCAGAUUUUUAAAAGUUGAGAAUUUCACACAUACCAGAAUGUCCUGCGAUUCUUUCUAUUAUCUUCCCUCCAACAAUAUCCCAAACCAACAAUUCUCCUGACUGACUUCCUGAUAAGAUGGUGUUGCCAUCCCAUUUGAAACAUCUGCAAAAAGCAAGUUGUUAGAUCACAAGUGAGUCAGACAAUGCUACUUAAAACCAACCCUCAGCCUCGUUUUUAGCCAAGCAGCUGCUGUGUGCCCAAGUUCUAGAAGACAUCUAGUUAACCCCCUGCAGUGUAGGAAUCUCAACACACAGUUUCCCAUCCAAUCUGAAACCAUACUGGACAUAUACACUAAACCCUUUGAGCAAAUGCUACACACAAAAUACAUUCUUAUGUAAGUAUCCAUGUAUGCAUGUGCGCGCACACCAUUGCAUAAAGUGAUGUUUUUCACUAUCUAAACACACCAAUACUGAUGGAGGUCAUUGGAAUAACUUGAUCUAACUCAGGAGCAAAGAACUUAAUGCCGGCUGGAUUACAGCUCCUACCAUCCUUGUCUAUUGGCCAUGCUGCCCAAGACUGAUGGAAGUCGCACAGAAUCUGGAGGGCAUGCAUGUUGAUGGCUAUCCAUGAUUCUACUGCAAAUCCCUAUAUGAAACAGCAGUGCAUUCCAAAACUUACCUUUGGGGUUCCUCCGAGCGCAUGGAAGAGAUGAUCAUUCCAGUUUGCACAUCUGUCACUUUAAAGUAGCCAUCUUCUCCUGUGCUUAGUAGGUGCCGGCUAUCUGUGAAACAAGGUAACUGCUCUGGAUUAUUUAAAUCAACCCCACAAAAUACAUUCAGUCCAUUCCCAUGCAUAUUUAAAACAGGUCUCAUUAAGUUCUAUGGAUAGCUACUAGUGAGCAAAUCCCAUUGCAUGGCACCAUAAAGGCUGCAGUGCCAAAACUCAACCCACGUGGUGCAACAGGAGGCUUGUUCACAUAGGACACUGAACACAGAUACAAGCUGUCUUGACACAUGAACAACUGUUUAUAUGAGUGUACACUAAUUUGUACAGCUCAACGGUUGUACACAAUAAAACAGACUCUACAUUUUAACAUUACAUGGUAAUAGCUGAGUGUACAGUUCCAGUAUUGUGUUUACAGUUUCACUAACACUACACUUCCUCAAUGUUAUGUAUGAAUACCCUUUGUGUGUAGUUUUAAAAUAGGCAGCUUUAUCAAUUACUUGUUUGAGUAAAUAACAAACCAUCUCCUAGGCAUCAGCACAAUUCCUCUUAAAAAUAAGCUAAACUAGCAGCGUUUUAUUUUUAUUUUUAAACUACCAUAGGCAACUGGAUGGGUGCUUAUAAAUCCAACUUAGCUGGUGGCUUGCUUUACCAAAACAUCUCUUGGCAGAAAGGUUUAUUUAAGCAAACAAAAUUAUUUGGAUGGCUUUUUUGUUUCAGGCCAACAACGCAAUACAAAUGAUUUAACAUUAGGAUGUUUUGGUAGGCAAGCUACUCCCAAUUUUCAUGGGUUACUUCAUUUCCGGUCUUUUGUAUGACUGCAGAGUGAGGGUGGAUACACACUAAAAUUACAAAGCCCUAAUCAGAGGGGAGCACGUUGGUUGCAAUCCUACAUACACUUUACGUAGGAGUAAGCCCAACCGAACACACUGGAGCUUGCUUCUGAAUAAACAUGCAUAUGGUCACACUGGAUAUAUCAAUUCAAUAGGAAUGUCUCUGAAUUAUCUCGCAGCAGACUGAAGUAUUUUUCUCUUCACAAUGUAUAUAUUUUAGAAGACAUUAACACAUAACAUACCGGGACUAAAAGCAGCAUCAGAGACAGUCCCUGAAUGGCAUGGAAGUUGAUGCAAGAUAGAAGCAGUAGUAACAUCCCAGAUACUAAUGGAUCCUUCUUUUGUUCCUGAUGCCAGCAGGGUAUAUGCAGCAUUCAAGUUGAUUGUAUUUACCUAGGUAAUUAGGCAUAUGUAUGAGAUGAUUAAAGAAGUAACAAGCACCAUGAAGCAAGAAAGGCAAGUAAGCAAGCAUCUAAAAGGCAGUCAGUCAUGACUAGAGCACUUAAACAUUCAAGGCAAUAUGCACAGUGGCCUGGAUCCUAGGGUCUUAUAAACAGUCAAUGUAAUGGCUUUAUUGUAAUGUAUUUUUUUGUUUUUAUCCUUUGAUUCUUAAUUUUUUGUAAGCUGCUUAAAGACUCUUGUAGUGAGAUGCUAACAAGUCAAAUAAACAAAUCUUCUACAUGGUC